AAGCAACAUUGCCGGUCAGAAGCGCCCGCUGGAGGAGAUCCCGGGCGGCGUCGAGGAAGCUCCAGCUGCAAAGCGAACUCGUUCGCAGCACUUCCCCGUCGCCCGGGAAAGCCAGAUUCGAUCGUCGUUGGAUCUGGACGCCGAGCUGGGCGGCGUUGACAGAGACGACUCCUCCACGGCCGACAUCGAGGAGCCUUCCCGCGUCUCGCGUUCCACGCGCGGUGAAGUCCUCGAGAACAACGACACCUGCCGGCAGUGUGGUCGCAUUGGGCAGCUUAUUUGCUGUGAUGGGUGUGUCAACUCCUAUCACUUCUCCUGCCUGGAUCCCCCCCCUGGACCCAGCCAAUCCCCCCCGAGGGAGAGUGGUUCUGCCCGUCGUGCGUGACGCGGAGAUCGUUCGGCUCCCUUCUCAACAACCUUUCAAGGGAGCCGCAACGAGACUUCCAGCUCCCGGCGGGAAUCCGGGACUACUUCCAGGGCGUGCGGACAGGGCAGGACGGGGUGUAUGA